AUGACCAAACCCAAGGAUGGUUCCGGCGUUAAUGAGGAAAAUUACAUCCCAGUCGAGGAAGACAAGCUCAAGGAAAAAGUUGAGUUGGAUAAAGCUUUGGAGGCUUACAAGCCGGAAUGCCUCAAGUCCUUCGGGGCUACAAGGGGUGGUGAAGUUGUUAAGAAGUUUGAUUUCCCUACCCUUCAGUCAUUAAUGGAAACCCAACAUGAGAACAAGAUGUUGGAUAUGAAGCAGUGGCUGGUGCCGCAGCGCGGGGUGUGGGAGUGGACACAGCAGAGGCGCCUGGCGGUGGGCGGCGUGCCACAGCCGCUGACGGCGUCCACGCCGCUGCCGCAGCAGCUGGUGAGCGACAGCCUCGCGCUCAGACCUCCUUCCCUGAUCGGAUCGGAUCGGAUUAGGAGAGGCCCCCACCGUUGGCCGACGCCCUCCGGCCCGCCCCGCCUCCGGCCCUCGCCUAGGCCCGCCUCGCUUAGCCUGGGCCCCGGCCCCGCGGGGCUCGGGCCGCGCCGGCUCGUCGUGGCGCCGCCCCCGCGGGCCUUCUUCUCCUCGCCGCCCUACCAGCCGCCCCAGCCGGAGGGGUUCUCCCCGCUCCGUGUGUACGGCCUCGUCCCCAUGGUCAUCGAGACAACCUCCCGCAGGGAGCGUGCCUAUGACAUCUUCUCGAGCCUGCUCAAGGAACGCAUCGUCUGCUUCCACGGCCUCAUCGCCGACUGUUGGCAUUUCUUAAGUCGAUACCAGCUGCUCUUCCUCAAGUCCGAGAACCCGCUCAAGCCCGUCCACCUCUACAUCAACUCCCCAGGGGGCGGCGUCACCGCCGGCCUCGCCACCUACGACACCAUGCAGUACAUCCGCGGCCCCGUCACCACGCUCUGCAUCGGCCAGGCCGCCUCCAUGGGCUCGCUCCUCCUCGCGGCCGAAGCACCCGGCGAGAGGCGCGUCCUGCCCAACGCCAAGGUCAUGAUCCACCAGCCCUCGGGUGGUGCGCAGGGGCAGGCCACCGACAUCGCCAUCCAGGCCAAGGAGAUCCUCAAGAUGCGCGACCGCCUCAACAAGAUCUACCAGAAGAACACGCGCCAUCCCAUCGAUAAGAUCGAGCAGUGCAUGGAACUACUUCUUUGGUUGUGA